AUGAAUGACCCAUCGAAGAACGUAAGUCAAGAUUUAGAUUUUAGUGGGGGCUUUAGGCGAUGUAAAAGACGUAAAAGUGCAAAAAAGGGCGUAUAGAUGACGAAGGAACAAUUUUUCCCUUUGUAGCCUACAAUUGUAGGUGUCAGAGGACGAUCUCGAAAAACAAUACGAAGACUACCGUGCCCAAUUCGAGUUAUGGAAGGAAAAUAAUAAGUGCUGACAAGCUAAUUUCAUUUUCAUUUUGCUUCUUCUACUAGGUCAUCAAUCGGAACAGAUGCCUAUAAUUCAUACGUCAGCCAAUUCGAACAAUGGGAAAAGGAGGUCGAAGCGAGAAAAAAACAGGUAAUUGUGAGCGUAUGAAUUUAUAGUAUUACCCUUAUUCCAGCAGAAAACUCAGCGGAAAGGUGUUCCUCAGCUUUUGAACGAAAAAGAAGCCGAAGCUGUGGCAGCAUAUGCACUGUCCCAAGAAGCUUAUGUUUCGCAUCAUGUUAAAGCAAUGGAGCAAGCAGAGAUGCAACAACGCUUCGCUGCGGCUGCAGCUCGUCAACAACUUGCUAAAAAAAUAGCAGUGCGUCAAACAGGUGCACUAUUUUUUUCAAAUUAUUUUUCUCCGGCUCAAUUCAAACGAGGCAAUUUGCAAUUUGCAAAAGGCGCGCCUGCGGCGCACGCGAUGGGGGUUCGGUUUUGUCUGGUCCGUCGUUCUUUCUGCUGCUCUCGCUGGACAUCCGAAAAGACAGACAGAUGCCUCUUGCAAGAAAAAAGUUAGACAGACGCCUCUUUUAUAUAUAAGAAAGAUAUAUAAGAAAGAUGCUCGGAACCGUUUUUAUCACUCCGUAUUGCAAACCGUACCCCUUUAGCACGCGGGAGAGUCUCUACGCAGCGAUAAAAUAUGGACGAGAAAUUCAAACCAUGUUCACAAAUGUUCGCCGUGUAGGGGCUUUUUCUGAAAUCUCAAUGUUCUCAAAUCAGGCUGGAGUAAGCGAGCACCAAGAAGGCAAGAAUGUUGAAUUGCGAGUAAUGUGAUUAUCGUUUUUCAGGCGACAAUCCUGCUACAUCGGAAUUGUUCAUGCGUGGUAUGGUAAACGGAAAUGAGAGUGGAGCUAUGCCUACCGGUACUUUAAGAUUUCUAAAAAAGGAGAAAAUUUACUAAUUUCACAUUCCAGCUAGCUUAACUCAUACGGCAGCUCAGAACUUCCCUGCGCCCCCCCUACGUUGUGGGGAGCUCCAAAACCCAUUUAUGACACCAGAGUAAGUUAACUUGUAGCCCUCGAAAUAUGGUACAUUGUUUGCAGGAUUCGUUGUACUCCAGGUGGGGAGUGCGCGCAGCAACGUCUCACUUCAAACCCGACCGGGAACAACCAGUGGUGA